AUGUCUAGCUGCAUGGAGUCCUGCAGACCCUACGGGGUGAGCUGCCCUCAGCCGAUUGCCGAGAGCUACAAUGAGCCAUGUGUGCAGCAGUGCCCCGACUCCAGAGCAGUGAUCUUGCCUCCACCGGUGGUGGUGACAGUCCCCGGCCCCGUGCUCACUUCUUUUCCUCAGGAGAGCAUUGUGGGAUCGUCAGGCCCAGCCGGAAUGGGGGGCUCCUUCAGCUCCCAAAGCUCCCUGGGCUCUGGGGGUUCCUUUGGUCUGGGAGGAUCCCGGGGCUAUGGGAGCUCCUUUGGCUUGGGGGGUUCCCGGGGCUAUGGGAGUUCCCUGGGCUAUGGGGGCUCCUUUGGUUUGGGAGGCUAUGGAGGAUCCCAGGGCUACAGGAGCUCCUUUGGUUUGGGGGGCUAUGGAGGAUCCCGGGGCUAUGGGAGUUCCUUUGGUUUGGGGGACUAUGGAGGAUCUCAGGGCUAUGGGAGCUGCCUGGAUUAUGGGGAUGACAUGAGCUACGGGGGCUCCCUGGGCUAUGGGGGCCAGUAUGGCUCCAGUGGCUUUGGCAGUUGUGGCAGGUCCUACAGCUCUGGCCUCUCUUCCUGCGGUGCUGGCUAUUCCCUCCCUGGUGCCCAGCGGUGGGGCAGAUCCCGCCGCGGGAGCUGCGGAGCAUUCUAA